AUGGCGUUGAAUGCUCUUCAAGGCUGGCAUCCUGGCGAGAUCGCAAUCCAACGUAAGCUUGGGUUCGACGCUGCCGUCAAGCAUGAUUGGGCUCGAGUCGCCAAUUUCAUGCCGGAGCAGCAUCGCAUAUUUCACUCGUCCAACAUCUCGUUCAUUCCGUUGACCACAAUUGACGGAGAGGGACGACCCUGGGGUGCGAUAGUCUCAGGAACGACUGGCGAUGUUGGCUUCAUUCACAGCCCCAGUGCACGAUCCCUAAAUAUUCACACUAAGCUAUGGAAAGGAGAUCCCCUGCUAGAGACGCUCAAUGUUCUGCUCUCUCCCAAACUAUCAGGCGGGAUUUCAUCAGAUAGGCGCCUGACGGCGGGGUUGGGGAUCGAAUUUUCUACACGGCGCCGGAACAAGCUCGCAGGCGCGAUUACAGAUGUUAAAGCUCUGACGGAGCUGAAAUAUCAAAUUGAUGUGGCUGUGACGGAGACAUUAGGAAACUGCCCAAAGUAUAUCAAUGUGCGAGAACUCGUGUCUUACCCAUACACAAGGCCCGAUGUUGCCUAUCACAGACCCAAGCUAUUACCGGACGAGAGAUUGCCCGAUGAAGUCAUCGAAAUCAUUCAUACAGCUGACACCAUUUUCAUGGCAUCGAUCUACAGGCCCGAGCCAUCUAUUGCAUCGACACAUCCUGCUCACGCGGGCAUGAAUGCUCGAAGCGGCUUGCCGGGAUUCGUCCGGGUUCGUCGCUCAGAUGGCCGGACAGUAGUAAUCCCAGACUACUCAGGCAACCGAUUUGUGUCCAGCCUUGGGAAUAUCGAGAGCACUGGGCUUGCAGGACUGACCUUCGUUUCUUUUGACACGGGUGAUGUACUUUAUUUGACAGGCACUGCGGAAAAUCAUGUCGGCGAGAGUGCUCUUGGAAUUAUGGCCAGACACGCAAGUCUCACUACUGUGAGAGUGACUGGGUAUACACUCGUACGAGAUGCACUUCCUGUACGUCAAAAGGAGGGGACACAUGUCGAACGUAGCCCUUACAGUCCGAAAGUGAAGUAUCUGGUUGAAGAAACUGUCACACAGGCGAACCAAAGUGGUAACCAUAGCGCACAUGUCCAGGGAGCUGUACAGCUAUCUCCCGACCUUGCGGUGUUAAGAUUCGGCAUCAGCGCCGACUGCAAAGCUGCUGGUAUCAAGAUCACGCCUGGUCAAUCCGUGGUUCUCGACUUUAUGGACUGGAUCGGUCCGCCUCGGUAUCAACACAUGGCGGACGCUGCUCCAGAGUCUAUCAACGAUGAUCGAGUUCGGACCUGGACGGUUUCGAGUGCCCACGAGAACGAAAGUGCCACCUGGUUUGAAAUCACCAUGCGCAGAAUGCCAGGCGGCACGGUAACGGGCGCUUUGUUUAAUCUCCUCGAGGAGCACGGAGCGAAUUCAAACUUUGGGACAACUCUCCAGCUGGACGGGUCUGUUUCUGCCGGCCUUGUGGGAGUCACAGGAGACUUUGUUUUAAGUCCCGCGUACAAGCUUGAUGUCCUUUGGAUCGCAGGGGGAAUCGGUCUCACUCCAUUCCUGGCCAUGCUUCAAGCUUUAAAGAAGCGUGGUUCAUCCAUCGAGGGAGACAUUUGGCUUGUUCUCUCUACCCGUGAGCCGGACCUCAUGCUUAAACUGAUCCAUCCCUCCUUGAAAAGCAUUUCAGCCAAGAUGAAAAUUACGCUUCAUCUUUUCACCAGCGAGGAGGAUGUUGAUGUGUCCAUGAUGAUCCAGGACAAUGUCACGGUUGAGGCUCACCCAGGGCGCGUGGGAUCGGCUUUUUGGAAAACUGUACCUAGGAGAAAGGAGGUUUUUGUUUGCGGACCCAAUAGUUUUGGGGAUGCAACAGAGACUGGGUUGCAGAACGCUGGCGUUCUGCCGGGUCAGAUACACCGCGAGGGUUUCUACUAA